AUGCUGUUCGCACUCUUCUUCGUGCUCUGGCGCGUUUCCCAGAUCAUCAUUUUGAUUCCCAUGGUGGGCAUGUUGGCCUGGUUCGUCGACCGCUUCCAAACCGAAAAUUUCCUGACCCCCAACUACAUCCUCAUCAUCUUCAUCGUCUCCGUACUCGCGCUCGCCUGGGCCACGUUCACCGUCUUCUCCUACCACCGCUCCUCGGCCAACGCCACGUUUGUCGCCCUCGUCGAUAUCGGCUUCGUCGGCGCCUUCAUCGCCGCCGUCUACUUCCUCCGCCACAUCACGCGCGCCGACUGUGCGCGCACCACCCGCGACGGCGACUGGUCCUUUUACUUUGGCGGCGCGCUCGCCGUCGCCAACAUCGAUAUCACCGUCUCCAAGCCCUGCGCCAUGCUCAAGGCCACCUUUGCCUUUGGUAUCAUGAACAUCAUCUUUUUUCGGCACCGCCAUCCUCGCUUGGAUGCACGGCGACCAAAACUACGAGAAGAAGGAGCGCCAUCGGUCCCACUCGCGCAGGCGAUCGCACUCUAG